AUGCCAACAAUCUUCCCAACGUGGCCACAUAUCCUCUUUGGCGUCCUGGAGCCGAUCUCACUGGCCCUCGGUAGUGUCUUCCCUGUCUACGACCUCCGAGGCUUUAUUGCUGGGCAAACACCCACCAUCGUAGCCCCGGCCACUCUGCACCCAAGCAGCAUCGCGCUCGCCUACCAACUCGGCAAUCUCUACUCACUCCUCUUCCUAGUUGGCGUGGGAGUUUGUCAUGCGACAACGGAGCCAAGGGUACUCCACAACUACCUGAUUGGGCUAGCCAUCGCUGAUGUAGGCCAUGUCUACGCCACAUACUUGGGGAUGGGCUGGGACGCGUUUGCAGACGUUGCAGGAUGGAAUGCUCUGACCUGGGGUAACAUCGGAGUCACGACGUUCCUUUUUCUCAAUAGGAUCGCUUAUUUCUUGGGCAUUUUUGGAUAUGCGAAAGCGCCUAAGGCGGCAGCAAAACGAGAGUAA